UCUUCUUUUUCCUCUCUUGACAGACACUUUGGCUGUAUGAAGACUAAACACGCAAGCGGUGGAGUUGUCUUGCUAAAAACACACUAAAUUUGUGCUUUGCUUGCUAAACUCUUAGUUUGCUCUCUAAGUGAAAUGUAUUUGAUAGAUCUGGGAUGGUAAUAAAAUGUGUUAUAGUAGUGUUAUGAUUGGUGGAGCUAAUAUGUUAGGUUAGAGGUGAGUAAUGAAAAUACCAAAGCAGAAAAAUAAUUUAAUAUCAACCAUCCAUUACAUUAUAUGGGUCUCUCCGGGAAAGUUUUAUUUACAGACAGAAAGACUGGCAUGGAAAAUGAGUGCACACUUAUUGAAAGUGCCUUGUUAUGGACACUUACUAAUGGACAAUCCCCCUGGAGCAAUCUGGAGUUACAAGCAUUGGUCAAUGACACUGUAAUGAAAGCAGAUUCUAGUGCUUCUUCAUUUCACCUCUUUUAGAGUACAAACCUCAGGCCUUUGGGUUUCCAUCCUAGAUCUCAGUAGUACAACCAACCUAUACAUUUUUCAAUGUCUUCCUCAUCUAAGAACUAGACACAACUCUUGACAAAGCACCAAGCUUUUAAGCAUGAGACUGUGUAAAAAGAAUUCCAUAUCAGACACAAUCGUUUCUGUUCACAAAUGUGUAUUUUGGUCCCAGACUCUUAAUUUGACCCUCUUUAUUUAUCUGAAUGUUUUGCAAAAAUACAUAAGGUGGUUCAUAAAAUAAAAAAAAAUGAUGUAAAACAUCUUUUGUGUGAAUAACAUACAUUUCUGAAUUAAAAGUAUUUUAAUAUUAAUCUUUUAUUAAUCAAUUUUUAAUAAUUAUAUUACAAAUUGUAUUAAUAAAUCUUUUUAAUUUUAAAAAACUGAAUAUGACAAAGUCAGAUAAUCAGUUCCAGCAAUAUAGCCAAUAUUCAGGAAGACAUUAUGGUUAUGAUGUGAGAAUAGAAUAGAAUAGAAUAGAAUGACAUUCUAGGUCAUAUAGAGCAACCCUAAAAAAUCCACAAUAUUUGUAUGAAGUAAUAAAUGAAUUAAUUAAUCUUUUGUGUAUUUCAAGGUCCAUGAGCAUUUCAAGUUUAACAUCUUUAUUUCUUUAGCCUUUAAGGAUGCUGUAAUUGGCUCCUUUUAUUUUAUUACCUUAUUAAUUUAGCAUUUAAACAAAGGAAUAUUGUAUUUUUUACGUGAAUAUAUUAUCAGUGGAUGUCAAUAUAGUUGAUUCUUGAUCUAUGCUUAUUUUUAGGUCAGUUUGUUGGUAAAGAAUUACUAAGGUUGUUACUAUGUUUCAUAAUAGCAAAAAUUACUGCGUGAAUGGUUUUAUGGGAAAGAGAACGAGUUCCUUGCCUUUGUAUAUGACUGAAAUUAAACCAGCCAAUAAAAUGAAUUACACCUAAAAUUUAAUGACCUUGUCAAGGUCUUGAUUUUGAUUGGUUAGCAGCUCAUUGUAAGAAAGAGCAUAGUAUGAAAUGAUUGACGUCGGUGUGAAUGUUUGUGGUGCACGGUUUAAUUUGAUUUGGACUGCACGCGCGUGGCUGUCUGUUUAGUCAUGUCCGUGUUGUCGAGGAUUUCAGGUGGUCCAGGAGAUGGCGAUGUAGGAGAGCUUUGAAGGACAGAGAAGAGAGGCUGUAAGGAUGACUUAGUGGCUUUACCUAACAGAUGCAGAGGUGACAGCGUCUCAAACAUUUCCCUGCCGCUCUUCAUCUCUUCUGACGCGCAGCAGUUGCCGUUUUCUUCUCGUCAAACAAGGCUCUUUGGGCUCACUGGAUACAAAGAGACUGAACGUGUGAAUUGAAUGAGGACAACAUAUUAUCAUUCUUUAAUUAAUGACCACUGGACCACUGGAUGCAAAGUUGAAUUUCACACGACAAACAGAAACAGAGAUGUUGAAGGUACCGAGUAUUGCGCCCAGUAGUGCUCUUCUGUAAGAGGAGGGUUUAAUCAGGGUCGUUAUCCGCCCCUUUAAUGCAAGUUUCCAUGGAGGACGGAUCUAUCUGGAGGACAUUAGGAUCGGAAGUCCUUCACGGACACUUCGCAGUGGCUUCUGUUAAAAAUGUGCGGCGUUUGGGUCGCUAGUAACACGGUUAUUUACAAUGAUGGGACCGCGCAGCCAGUCUCAGGCAGGAGAGCCAAGCAUGACUCCGCCACGACGCUCAUCCACUGCUGCUGACAGGGUGCCUACGGAGACUGUUCAGAGGAAUAACAGCAGUAAUACUGGUGUUAUUCUGGACAUUUCCACCCUAAAAAUGGCCGAUGUGGACUCUGAGGUCCCUCCUCUACCUCCACGAUACCGCUUUCGAGAUCUGCUGCUUGGGGAUCAGUCUUUUCAGAAUGAUGACAGGUACACAGAGGAGUACAGUAUGGAUUCAACCAAUGCACAGGUGCAGGUGGAAUUUUAUGUAAAUGAAAACACAUUCAAGGAGAGGUUGAAACUCUUUUUCAUCAAAAACCAAAGGUCAAGUCUCAGAAUACGCCUCUUCAACCUCUCCUUGAAGUUGUUAACAUGCCUCCUUUAUAUAAUCAGAGUUUCACUAGAUGAUCCAACUAACCAGGUCACAUGUGCACGGAAACAUUGCACAAACAUCACAGAUGCUCUUUGCAGCAAAGCCUGUGGCAACUACACAACAAACCUGACCGCAGAUCCCACACAAAUAAACUGGGAGUUAAUAUUUUGGGUGAAUAGGAGAGUUCCUGUAUGGGCGAUACAGGUGACAGUGGCCUUAAUUAGCUUCUUGCAAGCAAUGCUCUUGGUGUAUCUCAGCUACAAGGGGAACAUUUGGGAGCAGAUUUUCCAAAUCUCCUUCAUCAUUGAGAUGACCAAUACAGUGCCGUUCAUAAUUACAAUCUUUUGGCCUCCGCUGAGGAACAUAUUUGUUCCCGUGUUUCUUAACUGUUGGCUUGCCAAAUCAGCGCUGGAGAACAUGAUUAAUGAUCUCCAUCGUGCCAUUCAGCGCACACACUCUGCCAUGUUCAACCAGGUCCUCAUUCUGAUCUGUACAUUGCUCUGUCUGGUCUUUACUGGGGCUUGUGGGAUUCAGCACCUUGAGCGGGCGGGGAAGACUCUUACCCUUUUCGAUGCUUUAUAUUUCUGCAUCGUCACCUUCUCAACUGUUGGUUAUGGAGACGUCACACCCAGAAUCUGGCCCUCUCAGCUACUCGUGGUCAUCAUGAUCUGUGUGGCUCUGGUGGUGCUGCCAUUACAGUUUGAAGAGUUGGCGUAUCUUUGGAUGGAGAGGCAGAAGUCAGGUGGAAACUACAGCAGACAUCGUGCUCAGACAGAGAAGCAUGUGGUUCUCUGCGUCACUUCACUCAAAAUAGACCUGCUCAUGGAUUUCCUCAAUGAGUUCUAUGCCCACCCGAGACUACAGGAUUAUUAUGUGGUGAUACUCUGUCCCUCUGAGAUGGACAUCCAGGUUCGGCGUAUACUGCAGAUCCCGUUGUGGUCUCAACGGGUCAUCUACCUCCAAGGCUCUGCAUUGAAGGAUCAAGACCUGAUGAGAGCCAAGAUGGACGAUGCAGAGGCGUGCUUCAUCCUCAGCAGCAGAAAUGAAGUGGACCGCACCGCAGCUGAUCAUCAAACCAUUCUGCGAGCGUGGGCUGUUAAGGAUUUUGCUCCAAACUGUCCUCUAUAUGUCCAGAUUCUCAAACCUGAGAACAAAUUCCAUGUCAAAUUUGCAGAUCAUGUGGUAUGUGAGGAGGAGUUCAAGUAUGCCAUGCUGGCCCUCAACUGUGUGUGUCCAGCCACUUCUACACUGGUCACACUCCUGGUGCACACGUCUCGUGGACAGGAGGGACAGAUGUCUCCAGAACAGUGGCAGAGGACAUAUGGCCGUUGCUCUGGGAAUGAAGUUUACCACAUUCGUCUGAUGGACAGCAAGUUCUUUGGCGAAUAUGAUGGGAAGAGUUUUACUUAUGCCUCCUUCCAUGCACAUAAAAAGUAUGGCGUCUGCCUAAUCGGCACAAAGAGAGAAGAAAAUAAGAGCAUACUUCUGAACCCCGGCCCUCGCCACAUCAUGUCUGCCACAGACACCUGCUACUACAUCAACAUCACUAAAGAGGAGAACUCUGCCUUCAUCUUCAAACAGGAGGAGAAGCACAGCAAAGGGCUGUCGGCCACCGGCGUGUAUGACGCCCCCUCUCGUCUCCCGGUGCAGAGCAUCAUCGCAAGCAUGGGAACUGUGGCCAUUGACCUGCAGAACCCAGAUCCCCCGGCUGACAGCAGUAAACUGGCCCUGCCCACAGAGAACGGAGCUGGGAGUCGUAGACCCAGCAUUGCCCCUGUGCUUGAGAUCGCUGAUUCCUCUGCAAUCCUGCCUUGUGAUCUUCUCAGUGACCCCUCAGAAGAUGAGACCAACCAAUCGGACGAGGAAGGAGCACCAGCCUUAGAGUGUAUUAAAGGCUAUCCUCCAAACUCCCCUUACAUUGGAAGCUCCCCAACUCUUUGUCACCUUUUGCAACAAAAGGCGCCAUUUUGUUGCCUACGACUUGACAAGGGUUGUCGGCACAAUAGCUUUGAAGAUGCCAAGGCAUAUGGUUUCAAAAACAAGUUGAUUAUCGUUUCUGCUGAGACAGCAGGAAAUGGCCUGUACAACUUCAUAGUGCCGCUGCGUGCCUAUUACCGACCCCGGAAGGAGCUGAAUCCUAUUGUACUGCUACUGGAUAAUCCGCCUGAUAAUCAUUUUCUUGAAGCCAUCUGCUGUUUCCCUAUGGUGUACUACAUGGCUGGUACCAUUGACAAUUUGGAUAACCUGCUGCAGUGUGGCAUCAUCUACGCUGAUAACCUGGUGGUGGUGGAUAAGGAGAGCACAAUGAGUGCAGAGGAAGACUACAUGGCAGAUGCUAAAACCAUAGUCAAUGUGCAGACCAUGUUCAGGUUGUUUCCUAGUCUCAGCAUAAUCACUGAGCUAACCCAUCCUUCUAAUAUGAGAUUCAUGCAGUUUCGUGCCAAAGACUGCUACUCCCUGGCUCUCUCCAAACUCGAAAAGAUAGAGAGAGAUAAGGGCUCUAAUCUGGCAUUCAUGUUCCGCCUCCCAUUCGCUGCAGGCAGAGUGUUCAGUAUAAGUAUGCUGGAUACUCUCCUUUACCAGUCUUUUGUGAAGGACUAUAUGAUUCUGAUUGCAAGACUCCUGCUCGGUCUAGACACCACCCCGGGCUCUGGCUACCUCUGUGCUAUGAAGGUAACGGAAGAGGACUUAUGGAUCCGGACAUACGGAAGACUAUUCCAGAAGCUGUGCUCAUCCAGUGCAGAAAUUCCCAUUGGGAUAUACCGCACUGAAUCUCACAUUUUCUCCUCCUCAGAGUUUAAGGAGGUUUGCAAGCAGUCUCAGGUGUCUGUGGAGGACUGUGAGGACCCGCGGGACCGCAGGGAAUCCUGGAAAGAGAAAACCGCCCACAGAAACUCCACAGGGAGCGACCAAUCAGAGCACCCACUCCUGCGGAAGAAGAGCAUGCAGUGGGCGAGACGGCUGAGCAGAAAAAACACCAAACCGCCCAGUCGAGCUGAACGCAUCAAUCAACAGCGCCUAAACCUGUACCAGCGCUCAGAGAGGCAGGAACUGUCAGAGCUGGUGAAAAACCGCAUGAAGCACUUAGGGCUGCCCACUGUGGGAUACGAGGACGUAGCUAAUUUAACCGCAAGUGAUGUGAUGAACCGAGUAAAUCUAGGAUAUUUGCAAGAUGAAAUGAAUGAUAAUCAGAACACGUUGUCAUAUGUGCUGAUAAACCCUCCUCCGGACACCAUUCUAGAGCUCAAUGACAUUGUCUACAUCAUCCGCUCUGAUCCACUGGCACACGUCCCUGAGAAUGUCCCAGGUGCUCCGGCUGGAGCCAAGCUACGACAAGACUAUGGACCUGAGACCAGGGAUGAGACCCAUCUGUAAGAACUGGAAGUUCUUAUUAACCCUCCUUCCCUUCCUCCUCUGCCUUGAGCUGCUACAGUCUGCAUGAAGAGUGACAGGACACACAACCUACCAACCAACCGAUCACACAGACACGACCCAAGCUGCCCAAUGGCUAGAACUGUACUACUUAAACACUUUACAGAUUUCUCUUUUUUACGACACCGGUAUAUAGAAUCUCGUGGCACAUUUCAGACUUCUCUAAAUGUGGCUGGUCAUUACAUUUUUGUAUUUUAAGACUUGGUUCAGUGCGAGUGUGGGGUAUUGAAUCACUUUGGACCAAACAAGCUGUCCAAGCACUUUGGAUUUAUAGGGCAGUAUAUAUCAGAAAUACUAAAUCAGUAUUCAAGAGGGCAGCUAAAGACAGAAGGAAGAAACAACAACUAUUACGCCAGUAAGCUGACCCAAACACUGGAUAGUGCCCUGUCAUACAUGCAAGGUGUUUGAGUAUGAUAUUGAACAGAAUUAGUUUACAUCAGUGCUAUAUUUUGUACAUAUAUAGCACAAAUAUAGCAUAUAUAAAUAUAUAUUUGUACAUAUAUAUCAUAAAUUAGCCACAUAUUCUUUACAUGCUCAGUGACCUCUUAGUAUUCACAGUAUUUUGUUGUGAUUUCGUCCUCAAAGCACAAAGGGUUUUAAAUUUGAAACGGCUAAUUCCCAACUAAAGCUUUUACAUGUGAUUGAACACUGAUGAUUUACUAUAAAUUGCUGCCAAUUAUCACUACAAAUGUUAUCAUAAGCCAGUUUACAUGUGCCGAGAACAGAAGCUAGAUCUAUUGCCAUACAAUUUCAAAUUUACAGCAAAAAAUGGAACAUAUUCUAAAGCAAACACAUGGUCCUUCUGAAGAUUGACAGGAACUGUACUGCACCAGCAGAAAUGUGCUUCAUGGAUCUUGAUUAGGUGUCAUUGAAGAUAUGCCAAAUGGUAAUAUACAUAGGAUCGAUAUUGAAAUUAUGUUUGGGUUAUACAUUAGAAAAUAUUAGAUGUAAUACAUACUGUUGGUAACCAUUGUUUUUCAGUGAUAUUUUGCCUCAAAGCUAAUAAGUGUUUUUUUUGUUUGUUCGUUUUCUCUUUACAACAGCAUUCAGCAUUUUGUAUUUCUAAAAAUAACUGGUUAUUUUAAUAUUUUUAUUAUUUCUGUGUGCACAAUGUACAUGUUACUGCUCAUUUAGGACAAAAAGGUAUCUAUAUACCUCUCUAUAUAAAUAUAUAUAGAGAGCGAGCACGAGGGAGAGUAUAAAUCAUUUGAAUUUGUCGAUUUUAUUGCACUAAGCUCUGCUGAGCAGUACAUAGUAACCCUUUAAACUACAUAAAGAAAACAUUAAAAAUGUUACAUUUCACAAUACAUUUUAGUUUUUGCCUUCUGUAUUAAUACAUUCCAUGGUUCAUUGUCAUUUCCAUCGGUGUAUGGAGCUGACAUUUAAAGCCAUCAUGGAAAGCUGCUUUUAUUUUUACUAGAUGUAUUCAUCUUUCAUUGAACAGAAAAUGUGAAUGUCCACUUUGUGCAAAGUAGCUAAGAUUGAAUACCUCUCAUAUCAUUCUUACCUGUUUGUCUCCACAAAGAAAUGUGAUAGAUGACAGUAAAAGCAAUGAAACGGGAAUCCUUGUAGCUAUGAUGUUUAAAAUAUUUAUUUUAUAAUUCUGUAUUCAUGUUUAUUGCGUAUUUAAGGCGUUUUCUGCCUUAUUUUGCUUCUAUUGAUCUGGCAUAUCAGUUUAUUUACUGCUCAGCUCCAAGACUGUCAGUAGUAAUUGAAUGUCAGCCCUUGACAUGUCGAGCAGAAUACUGUACAGUUCAUCAGACUAUAUUCAUGUUUUUUGCUUGCGUAAAGAUGUCACCUACAUUCUGCCCAUUGGUCAUUGUUUUCUCAUGCAGAUUGCUUUCGGAAUGUUUUUUAAAUAAUGUUUUCCUAAAUUUCCAGCCAUAAUUGGAAAGGAUAUGCAUAAUGUGCAUGUUAAAAAUAGCCUGCAGAUUCCUCUAUUUUUUACUAGUUCCCUGAGAUUUAAAUAUGAUCGGCUGAUCACAGCUGUUGUAAUUUACAAAAAUUUCGUGUUAUUUUUCCAGUAGUUUUAGAAAAACAUGGACCAUGCAUGUCCUAAUCUUGCCAAAUGUGUCAGAGACCCAUGUUUACAUUUGCUGGCUCCUGUUUUUGGAUUGUGCUGAACAAUACAUGAACUUCAAAAUUUUGUACAAUUUCUUAAAUGAAGUCUGUACUAACAUGUAAGAAUGAAUCAAUAAAUGCUGCAUGCAGCCAGAGAAAUGUGGCAGUAU